UGUCGCCAUUGAGAACCCCCAGGAUAUAAUUGUGCACUCCGCAAGGCUAUAUGGCCAGAGAUAUGUCCUGAAGUUUGCACAAUACACCUGCUCUCAGAUUACGCUCAUGGUUGAUCUGUUCUUCUAUAGAGAACCUGAAGAGGCCAAGGAACAGGAAGAAGCAGAGGCUCCGGUGGCUCCUGAUUAUGGUGCUGUGGCUGAGUUCAUAGGCAUGGGUAUGGCUACCAGUGGACUUCUGACCAAUGGGCAGACAUGGGAGCUGGUGCCCCUGUCUCUUCAGUUCCUGCUGGUGACUGGACUGCUGUUCCAGAAUGCCACUGAUGGCAGCCAACACGGUUAAAGGAUAUCCCUCCCUUGUUUAAAAGAAAUGUUGUUGUUGAUGCUUGCUUAAUAUCCUAACAAGGCUCAUGUUCAUACCCCGGUAGAUUUGUUUAUUUACUAGUAUUUCUUGAUGGAUGAUUAAACCUAUUACUAAUUGAUAAUAUCCAAGUAUUGUUCUCCUGAAACGAUCUUUUUUGAUAUAUUGAUAAAUUUGUUUCUGUUCUUCUUUCCCCCUUUUUGUGAAUAGCUCUAGUAGUAGUUGAUGGAUGGGAUGCCGCUCUUGCUCCUCCAGCAGAAGGUCCUG